AUGAACGGCGAGAUCGCCGCCUCGAACCCGCGGUUGGCUCCCCCGGCCUUCCGAAAGAAUGACUCCGCGCGAUUAGGUGCAGCGAUCGCCUUUCAACAAUCCCGUCCACCAUCCAAUGUGAACCCCCAGUCGUCCGCUGCCACCGCGGCCGUCUUUGCCAGUCGGAUGAAUCGCCAUGCGGACAAAGAGAUGGAUUCCGAGUCAGGUCCUGAAGUUGGCUCUGUGAAGGAUAAGAUUGGAAGGUUUGCUGGCAGUAACUCGCUCGCUCCGCCAGCCACACGGAGUACUCAAGGACGACCACGAACACCCUCAUUAUCGAAAUCGCCAGCCCCGAAGUCACCAGCCCGAAGCCCAGGCCCAGAACAAGUGGCAGCACACCUGGCCGCAGCUCGUUUGGCCGCAGAAAGAUCCCCCGGGCGGAAAGUACAGGAACCGACCAACGAUGCUGCCCGACUCGGAGCCAUGCGUAGUGCAAGCAGAGCACAAUCUGAACAACCUCAGCCACGGUCGCCAGGACCGCGUCACGAGCUACGCUCCCCCGUCCCAGUUAGGCCAAGGCCCACGAUUGAAUACCCUGCGGACCGAGUGCUCGAUGAUGACCCUCCAAGUUUCGAACGAAUCCCUGGCUAUGGACGGUCUCCGUCCAUCCGAGCUCCAUCAAGUCCAUCUCGCGCUGGCAGUAUCCGUGGUCGGACAACAAGUCCUCAACCAUCCGUCUCCUCUCGAAUCUCUGUAGUACUGCCAGACCAAGUGGUGCUGAAAGCCCCCCCACUUCCCCCGCGGUCUACAGCCUCUUCGCAGGCCUCACUACGAAAACCGAUUCCCACAACAAACUCAUUACGACCAACACCGAGCAUGGUAUCGAUAUCGGGACUUUCACACAAUAGCAGUUCGAGCGCGCUUAGUGAAGCAGGGGGGAUGAAUGAAGAGGCUCUCUCCAAUGCCAUUGUCGCCUCCUCCCUCGCAUCCGCUCGUGCAUCCCCCAUGCCAAAGGCUUCUCAAGCCCCUCCUCCACCUCCACGCCGGCGACGGGCUCGGUCGAUUCUUGCAUUAGCACAAUCGCCAAAGAGCGAUAUGUCAAGAACUCCAAGCCCACCGAAAGGUAUGCCGAUGACUCUCCGCGGCAGGCCGAAGAACAGCGAUGUCGACCCCAAAGGGCGACAUAAAAUGAAAUUACUCCACAAACACCCGCACAAACACCACGAAGGAGAUCGGAAACGAUGGCGACGAGAAGUGACUGAAAAGGAACGCAAGCGCUACGAAGGUGUCUGGGCGUCCAAUAAGGGACUACUCAUUCCAUCUGAGUUCAAGCUGAGUGGGACCGAGAGGUGGCCUCCACCUUCAGAGAUGGUGUUGAACCUUGUAGUGCGGGAGAUCUGGUCCCGCAGCCGUUUGCCAUCCACGGCACUAGAACAGGUGUGGGCCCUCGUGGAUAAUCAGGGUAUUGGACUUUUGACGAAAGAGGAAUUCGUCGUUGGAAUGUGGUUGAUUGAUCAGCAAUUGAAGGGUCAUAAACUGCCAGUCCAUGUUCCGGACAGUGUCUGGGAUAGUGUACGGUAUGUGACGGGCAUCAAGCUCUCUUCGGUUGGGAAAUAG